GCCGCGCAAUCAGGGGCGCGCAGUGCACGUGCCCGGCUCUCAGUCUUUUCUGCCUCUCGCAGGCAGCAGCAGCAGCUGUGAUCGCUAUGUGCGCCCGGCGAGGAGCCAUAGCUGACAGCCCGACCCCCGCUAUCCAUCCACCUGCAGCCCCCUUCCUGCAGGACGCCAAGAGCCUACAUCCCAUCAUCACCCUGCAGGAGGAGAGGAUGCAGGGCCAGCGGGCGACCUGUACUGUCUCAGGACCAUAGGACAUCAGCAGCCUGGGAUCCAAGCGAUUGGAUUUCAAGAAGGUUAAAAUGAAUGAAGAUACGAAGGUUAAUAUAAGCUGGCUUCCUCAGGAUCCUAUAGAUGCCAGUUCUCCAGAGAAUAUCUCAGCAACAGACUCCUCCUCGAUUCCUGUGCUGAAGCCAGAGCUCAUAGUAAACCCAUGGGAUAUUGUUCUGUGCACAUCAGGAACCCUGAUCUCCUGUGAAAAUGCUAUUGUGGUCCUUAUCAUCUUCCAUAAUCCAAGCCUCCGAGCCCCAAUGUUCCUUCUUAUUGGGAGUUUAGCCCUGGCAGACCUCUUAGCCGGUGUGGGACUCAUAGUCAAUUUUAUUUUUGCAUAUCUUCUACAGUCAGAAGCAGCAAAGCUGGUCACAGUGGGACUGAUAGCCGCAUCUUUUUGUGCCUCAGUGUGCAGCUUGUUGGCCAUCACAGUUGACCGUUACCUAUCACUCUAUUAUGCUUUGACAUAUAACUCGGAAAGGACAGUUACUUUCACCUAUGUCAUGCUUAUUUUCCUAUGGGGAGCAUCUACGUGUGUUGGUCUGCUGCCUAUAAUGGGCUGGAAUUGCCUUAAGGAUGAAUCAACGUGUAGCGUCAUCAGGCCGCUCACUAAAAAUAAUGCUGCUGCCCUUUCGGUUUCCUUUUUGCUUAUGUUUGCACUUAUGCUCCAGUUGUACAUUCAGAUCUGCAAAAUAGUCAUGAGGCACGCUCAUCAGAUCGCCUUACAGCACCAUUUCCUGGCGACUUCUCACUACGUCACCACCCGCAAAGGAGUGUCAACCUUGGCCAUCAUACUGGGGACAUUUGCAGCCUGCUGGAUGCCUUUCACUCUGUAUUCAUUGAUAGCAGAUUACACCUAUCCUUCCAUCUAUACCUACGCCACACUAUUGCCAGCCACCUACAACUCUGUUAUCAACCCCGUCAUCUAUGCGUUCCGGAACCAGGAAAUCCAGAAAGCCUUGUGGUUGAUCUGCUGUGGCUGUAUCCCACCGAGCGUGUCUCAAAGAGCCAGGUCGCCCAGUGACGUAUGAUUAGAUAUAUAAGUUGCGAAUGUCGGUGUUCAUGUGUCAGGUGGAGUCUUCAUUUUACAUAAAUACGCAAAAAAAAAAAAAAGAAAAGGAAUAUCAUGGUGUCGAUUCGAUCUGGAUUGAUGUGCUCAAUAAUACUUGGACAUGGCAUUAAAGCGAUCGCUCCAUUUCAUAAAUGGAAAUCAAUCUAAUUAUUAAGUCAAGGCGCUAUUGUGCAAUAUCUAUUUAAAGAGCUAAUGUUGUAACACUAUCUGAGGUGUAAUUUACUCAGGUUUUGUGAUUUUCCGAAUGAUAAAAUUGAUGUGUUUUUUGUUUGUAAGUCUACAGCAAUUGUAACAGUGGUUUUCUAAGCCUGGUCCUUGAGUCAUCACGGGAACCCACAUCUCAAAGGUUGUACCCUUGAGGUAACAGACAAGGUCUGUUAGGCUUUAUUCACACUACGUUUCGUCCAUACGGGGACCGUAUCUGGCUGGGAGAAGGGUAAACCGGGCGUUCCCAUAUCUCAGCUAGACCCGGCCCCCUAUCUCAUUCAUUUAAAUGAGCCAAAAGGAGUCAGAUAGUGACUCCGGUCUGCUCAUUUAUGCCCCGUAUCCGAUUUUCUGGUCAGACUAAAAAAAUGCAGCAUACCACGGUUUUCAGUGCGGCCAGAAAAUCAGAUACAGGGCAAAAAAGAGCCCACCGGAGUCACUAUCUGACUCUGUUCGGCUCAUUCAAAUGAAUGAGAUGAGGGCUGUGUCUGGCUGGGAUACGGGAGUGCACGGUUUUACCAUCGCCCAGCUGGAUCCGGUCCCUGUAUAGGCAAAACAUAGUGUGAAUGCAGCCUUAAUGGUAGAAGUUCAGGUUGGACCUCAAACCUGCAUAGGGUUCCCCAGGGACACCCAAAUAUAAGCCGACAAGGGACAUGGUAAAUGGCCAUAGUGCUGGACAUAUCAUAUGUGCAUUUGCAAAGAGGCCUAGUAGAUAAGGUGGCCCAUUACCACCUUAAAACAGUUCCACACUCUCUUUGUAAUGCAUAUAAAAGGUUAAUUUUUAUGGCCUACAAUUCAGAUGGACUGAUGGGGAUGCUCCAUGAUAAGAUAUUGGAGUGCAAUGGACCCAUGCCUACAUGUUCUUCCACAGGGGCCUUUUACUGUCUUCCCAGAUGGCCAUGCCAUCCUACUCUCCUUCAAGACAAAAGAAGGAAAGCCGUAAAAGCUGUAGUCUGGGGGGUUUAUGAUGAUGUGUAUUCCCACAUUUUGAUAAAAGUUUUGGGGCACUUUCUUCAGUAUGAACUCCCCAUCAUCCAGAUACUACUCAUUGAUGCUAGAAGACCAGUGCUUAAAGGGGUACUCCAGUGGAAAACAUAUUUAUUUUAAUUUUUUAAUCAACUGGUGCCAGAAAGUUAAACAGAUUUCUAAAUUACUUCUAUUAAAAAAAAUC